AUGAAUAACAGAAUAAUAGUUGCCAGACAUGUUGAUAUUAUUGAAGAAGACAUAAUGUGUGUAGGUUGUGAUGAUGAUGAUGAAGAUAAGAAUGAUGAUACAAAUAAGAAGAAUGAACCUCAAGAAGUGUCGUGUGAAUCGAGUAAUGAUAACUCCAAGGACAGUGUGAUAAAUGAAGAUGAAACAAAAAGUGGAAUGAGACCAAGAAGGCAAAUCAAACCACCAGUUCGAUUUCAUGAAGAAUUCGGGUACUACUGUGUUAGUGCAAAUUUUUGUGAUGAUGCUACAGUUCCAGGUAACUUUGAGGAGGCGACAACAUGCAGUGAGGCUGGACAUUGGAAAGAGGCAAUGGACAGUGAAAUGAACAGUCUUGUUAAAAAUAACACUUGGACACUAGUGACUAAACCAGAGGAUAAAGCAAUUCUAGAUGUGAAGUGGCCACAAGGCUAUAAUGAUAAUUCGAAUAGAGUGUAUAAAUUAAAGAAAGCACUAUAUGGGUUGAAAGAAAGCCCUCGUGCUUGGACUGCAAAUAAAAGAAAACAUGAAGAUGAAAAUGGAGCUGAUGAUUCGGCAAAUAGCUGUAAGGAAAGAAAAUUGGAAAAAUCUAGUUCACCUAAAUGCUUAUCAUUGCCAAAAAAGUGUCCUGAUUGUCGACAGUAUUUGAAUAGUGAAGAUUUAAAACUGUUCUUAGGAGAUCCUGAAAAUGCAGUUGAAGAAUUCAUAAUGUUAACUGAUCCAAAACUAUCUAUUCACACUGAUGGUGAAUAUGAAUCUGCGGAUGUUUGUGAAAGACCUCAACAUAAAAUUACAGAUUUUACUGUUUACGAUCGCAACACUCAUCUUUGUCCAUUUGAUGCAGGCCUUAUUGAGAGAAAUGUCGAGUUAUAUUUGAGUGGAGUUGUUAAACCUAUAUAUGAUGAUGAUCCUUCUCCUGAAGGUGGUGUUCCAGCUAGGUCUUUAGGUCCUAUCAUUGAAUGGUGGGUCUCAGGCUUUGAUGGUGGCGAAAAAGCAUUAAUUGGCUUUGGUACUGGAUUUGCUGAGUAUGUUUUGAUGAAACCUAGUGAACAGUAUCGUAGCUUCAUGGAUACUGUUGAGGAAAAAAUUUAUAUAAGUAAAGCAGUUAUUGAACUUCUGACAUCCAACAGCGAGGCAACAUAUGAGGAUCUCCUCAACAAAUUAGAUCUUAAUGACCAUCUGAUUUAUUUAUUGCUGUUUAGGCAAUCUCUACGGAAAGCUGUGAAAUAUCGCCCUGCUAAAGAAAAGAAAAAGGCAGGACAUUCAUUGGCUACAACAACACCAUUAGUUCGCAUGAUUUUUGAAAAUUUCUUCACAGAACAGUUAGAAGCAUCUUCAACCAAUACUCCUAGGCGAAAGCGAUGUGGUGUAUGUGAGGCAUGCCAACUUCCUGAUUGUGGUAAAUGCUCAUUUUGUCGUGACAUGAUCAAAUUUGGAGGCACAGGAAGAGGUAAACAAGCCUGUAAACAACGUCGGUGUCCCAACAUGGCUGUUCAAGAAGCUGAUGAUAAUGAUAUAUUAGAUGAUGAGUUAGAUGAUGCAAUGGACAAAAAAGUGCAGUCUUUUAAAAGUAAUUCUGCAGCUAGACAUGCUAAAAAGACAAAGGAAAAGAUUGUGAUUUCUUGGAUUGGAGAGCCAGUAAAGAAAGAAGAGGAAUCUUCUAAGACAUUUUAUGAAAAAGCAUCUAUUAAUGGAGAUCUAGUCAUUCAGUGUUUUGAUUAUGUUUUGGUUUCACCAGCUGACCCUAGUACACCAAUGUAUAUUGCACAGAUCAUGUCUAUGUUUGAAACAUCCAGUGGCAAAAAGAUGUAUCAUGCUCUAUGGUUUAGUCGUGGGUCUGAAACUGUUCUGGGAGAAACAUCUGAUCCCAAUGAAGUUUUUGGUACAUUUGAAUGUGAUGAUGAGGAGAUAAUUUCAAUAAGCAGUUUAUGUGAGGUUAAAUAUCAAGCUAUACCUGAAAACUGGUCUCAGCUUGGAGGAACUGAAGAAUCACUGUCAAUGUAUGAAAUAUAUGAUGAAACUGAUGAAAAAUCAUUUUACUGUAAAAAAUGGUAUGAAUCUGAGACUUGUCGCUUUGUUGAUGCUCCACCACCAGAAAACUGGCACAGUUGCUUAGGUUGUUUGCGAGCGAAAGAGGAAGAAAAGGAAAAGUGUGUAGAACUGGAUAUAUUAGAAACAGAUGAGGUCAAGAAAAGAACAUAUUUUAAAUCUGCUGUUUACCUUGGGCAUGUGAUAUGUCCUGGUGACUGUGUAUUUAUCAAUCCAAAUGCUGUUGAUUUUCCUUUUUCUGCAAAAAAAGAACAAGAAAAUUACAAAAGUGAUACAUCACAGCAAGAGCUUGACCCAGACAUGUAUCCAGAAGCUUACCGAAAAAGUGGUUAUAUCAAGGGUUCAAAUCUGGAUGUACCUGAACCCUUUAAAAUUGGAUAUGUUAAGAGCAUAUAUCAAAAUAAAGGCAAAUCUUCUAUGCCACAUGUCCUAGUAAAUCUGUUUUAUCGCCCUGAAAAUACUAAUAAAAAAGCUGACUUCAGCAUUCAGUCUGACUUAAAUCUACUUUAUUGGAGUGAUGAAGAAUUUUCAGUGGAAUUUUCAAAUAUUGAAGGGAAAUGCUAUGUAGUUUAUAGUGAAAAUCUAUUGGAAUCACCAGAAGAAUAUUCUAAAAAAGGCCCAGAUCGAUUCUAUUUUACAGAAAGUUACAACAGGUUGUCUGGUUCAUAUGAAGAGCCUCCAGCAUUAGCCCAACGCAUUGGUAGAGUUGGAAAGGGUAAAGGGAAAAAACAGAAAACAUCAAGCGAAGAACCUAAAAUCAGCAAAGAGGAAACCUAUUCUGAAGUGCAUGAAAAAUUGAAUGUGUUGGAUGUGUUUGCUGGAUGUGGAGGUUUAUCUCAAGGCUUUCAUGAAGCAGGUAUUGCGGAAACACUUUGGGCAAUCGAAAAAGAUGAAACGGCAGCACAAGCUUUUCGCCUGAAUUUCCCAAACUGUGCAGUAUUUUCUGAAGAUUGUAAUCUGCUCUUACGCACGGUUAUGGAAGGCAAAGAAGCAACUUACAAGGGUCAGAGAUUGCCUCAGAAAGGUGAUGUGCAUAUGCUUUGUGGUGGUCCUCCCUGUCAAGGUUUCUCUGGUAUGAACAGGUUCAACUCUCGUCAGUAUUCUCUUUUCAAGAACUCUCUAAUUGUUUCAUACCUCAGUUACUGCGAUUACUAUCGGCCAAGAUUCUUCAUUCUGGAAAAUGUUCGCAAUUUUGUAUCAUUUAAGAGGAACAUGAUUUUGAAAUUGACAUUGCGUUGUCUGAUACACAUGGGUUACUCAUGCACUUUUGGAGUUUUGCAAGCUGGCAAUUAUGGUGUUCCACAGACACGAAGAAGAGCUAUCAUCAUAGCUGCAGCUCCUGGUGAACAGUUGCCACUCUUUCCUGAACCUAGUCAUGUUUUUUCACCCCGAGGUUGUCAGUUAUCAGUUGUUGUGGAUGACAAAAAAUAUGUUUCAAACAUAAAGUGGACUUCAUCAGCUCCUUAUCGUACAAUUACUGUUCGAGAUUCUAUGUCAGACUUGCCUGAAAUAAAGAAUGGUGCUAAACUGGAAGAAAUUUCAUAUACUGGAGAACCCCUGACACACUUUCAACGUGAGUUGAGAGGUACAGUCUAUGAACAUAUUUUGAGAGACCACAUCUGUAAAGAAAUGAGCCCUCUGGUUGAAGCUCGUAUGAAAUACAUCCCAAUGACACCAGGAAGUGACUGGAGAGAUCUUCCGAAUAUUAUUGUUCGUUUAAAAGAUGGGAACUACACUAAAAAGCUAGUGUAUGCUCAUGAAGAUAUUAAAAAUGGAAGAGGUCCUAAUGGAGCCUUACGGGGAGUAUGUGCUUGUGCAUCAGGAAAGGCAUGUGAUCCGAUGGAUCGUCAAUGGAAUACAUUAAUUCCUUGGUGUUUACCUCAUACUGGAAACAGACACAAUAAUUGGGCUGGUCUUUAUGGCAGGCUUGAGUGGGAUGGCUUUUUCAGUACAACAAUCACAAAUCCUGAGCCUAUGGGAAAACAGGGCCGGGUCCUUCAUCCAGAACAACAUAGACUUGUAAGUGUGCGUGAAUGUGCUCGUUCACAGGGUUUUCCAGAUAGUUACCGAUUUUAUGGCAAUAUUUUAGACAGGCACAGACAAGUAGGAAAUGCUGUGCCUCCUCCCUUGGCUAAAGCUAUCGCCAUGGAAAUAAGGAAGAGUAUUGCUACAAAACGUGAAGUGGUGUGUGCCUCUUGAUCUAAUUCUUGCAAGUAGCUCUCUAAUUUGAUAAGACUGCUUUAGCUGUCACUUAAAAAGAUCAUCUUAUUGAAAAUAGCAUUCCUUUAUAUUUUCAGUUUUAUUUUGAAUUUCAUAAAAUAUGUUUAUUGUUGAUAUAAAAGAUAUUCCCCACUGUGUGGGCUUUCGUAUUUUAGAUUCGUCAUGCUGAAUUUUGUAUUUAAAAUUUUUAAACACUUUUUAUAUAUUAUAUUUACAGAAAGUUAAGAGCUAUUUUUGUAUAUAUAAGUUCAUUUUAUGGUAGUCUCACAGAUAUUUGUCUUCACUUUUUUAAUUAUGAGACUGAAUUUCAUAUAUAUAUAUAUAUGAGGAAAUGUUUCAUUUAUACAUAUGUAAGUAUACACAAAGAGAUUUGGCCAUAGAAUAUGUAAGGUUUCGUCUUUUUAAUGGUAUCUGGAUCAUUGUUUGCAUGUUGAUAAAAUUAAGUUGUCCAUAAAUCGUUUCUUUAUCAUUUGCAUAUUUGCCAUGUGAUAUAAUUGUAACUUGCAUGAAAUGAAAUAUUGUAAAAUUCAAGUUUUUAUAGUAUAUGGAUUAAAAUUUAUUUUGUGGCA